UGAGCGACAAAGCGCAAGAUUGAAGGGCAGAAAAUCUGCCACGACUGGAACGGCAAAGCAACUCUUGUUAUUAAAACAGCAGAGUCAGUUUAUAUUCUGCUUUCUGACAUAUAGGCGGACAUUUCAAGACAUCGGUUCCAGUGCAUCCGUUUUGGAGGCGAAUAUGUAAUACUUAUUUCGCAGCAACAGCUGUCACAUUCAUUUCAUAGUAUACCAUUUUCUUUUUAUAUUACUUGUCUAUUUAUGUCGAUCAUAUAGCCAAAUCACUAUUUGUUUUUUUAGGGAGGGGAAAACGUAACGGAGCGAUUUUUGUCAAUAUAAAGGCGUUUUUCAUACGGAGAAAAGCAAAAUAAGGCACCGUUUUUUCCAAGAAGAAAUACGAUUUGAAAGGAGAGGCUGUCGGCAAGGGUACCAUCGGAUGAGGAAAGAUGGAAUGAUCGUGACAACAUGAAAAAGAAAAAGUGCGAAAGAAUAUUUUCAUCCUGCCUUUGAAUCAACAACUGCACGGGGAGACAGACUGAAGGAGAGGUAGGAGCGACAGACCAAAAGAGAGAAAAGGGUGAGAAAGAGCUGUGCGAGUGAGUCAGUGCGCGAGAAAGAAACGGAGGGGAGGUUUGCUGAAGGACUGACAGAGUGAACCUGACAGAAAACGAUUACUCAAAACAUCGAGCAGGCAAAGCGUCAACACAUAUAGAGAAACAUAUUAAGCAACAUCUGAUCUAGCUGAGCAGUGUGUGUGGUGUGCUGAUCACCACAGCUGUUGUGUUUGUUUAAAAGUGAGCCAGGGUGCUCGGGGUUGCCCAUUGCAUAAGUUCCUUAAUAAUAAGCUGCGCUCAGUGUUGAGUCUGAUAUCUGUGUGACAGAUAUUGCUGGAAGGAUAGAGGGAGGGAGAGAGAGAGAGAGAGAGAGAGAGCGAGAUAGGGUAGUGUCAGGAGAGUGAUUGCUGAAUCCUUUAGGGAAGGAAAUAUGAGCUCAAAAUGUGCUCGUUUUUCUUUCUCUGGACCAACAUAGAUCCCUCCAUCAUUCCCUCCCUCUACAACACCCUUACUUACCCCUCAUCCCCCUCUCCUCUCCUCCCAUCCUAAUCCCUCAUCCAUCAGACAAACUCUCUCUCUCUCUCUUCACUGCUCUUCAUCCCUCCUUAUCUGUGUUAACCAUCCUUCUUCGUUGUAGGGCUCAUCGCUAACUUUCUCUCUUGUUCGCUCUUUCUCUCUUGUUCGCUCUUUCUCUCUUGUUCGCUCUUUCUCUCUGUCUCUCACCUACUUUGUUUUUUCGUCAUCCCUCUCUUCUCCACCUUCAUGCUAUCCUCAUCUCACUCCUCACUCCACCAAACUCCAGAGAUCGAGGAGAGUGUGCCAUAAGUCUCCCGUGGAGCUUGCAGGUUGCCAUGGAUCCCCCUCCCUCCCUGAGUCAAGCCCUGCUGGGUGGGAGUGAGGAUGAGGACCAGCAGCAGCAGCGCCCCCCCCUGCCUUGCGCUGGUACAGCCCACCCCGCCAUCACGGGCAGCUACCCAGGAACGAACCACUCCAAUCACAUGGGGGGAAACAGCAGCCUGGAGAGGCUCAACACCACGCCUUCGCCCACAACGCCCGGCGGCGCCCUGCCCCCAGCAUCCCUGCCACGCUUGCCCCUGGUGACCUCGUCCUCGUCAGGGCUCGCCGCUGCCACAACGACGACCCCACCCCAACUGCCGGCGCCCAUCCCGAACGCGCUGCACCCGACCAGCACUCCGCUGUCGUCGUGUCUGGGCAGCCAGCACAGCCUGAGCGCCGACGCCUCGCCCGUGUACAACGCCCUCUUCUACUCGUCGCACUCGCCCACGACCGAGCGCGAACGUGAGCGCGGCUGCAAGCACAGGCAGGCCAGCCCGCUUGUCCACCGGCGCGACAGCAACCCCUUCACCGAGAUCGCCAUGAGCUCCUGCAAGUACACGGGCGGCGUCAUGAAGCCGCUGAGCCGCCUGAGCGCCUCGCGGCGCAACCUCAUCGAGUCGGACAGCAGCAGCGACACCAAAGAGGGCGGCGGCUCUGGGGCUAGUCCCGCCCCUUCCUCCAUCCCCACCGGGGCCGUCCCACCCUCCUCUUCCUCCCACCCCUCCCAGCUCGGCCAAUCGCAGAACCCGCCCGAGAUAGUCAUCUCCUCCAAAGAGGACACGCCCUACAGGGCGCACGCCUAUGAGAUGUCAAUCUACCACCAGAACCACGCCCUCUCAGAGAGCAGGGCCGCUAUUGGUGCAGGGGUCGGGACUAAUGGGCGGAGAGGAGGGACUGUGACCGGCAGAACCAUCUCCAAGGCGCAGAAGCGCAAGAACCAGAACAUCGGCUACAAGCUGGGCCACCGGAGGGCGCUGUUCGAGAAGCGCAAGCGACUCAGUGACUAUGCGCUCAUCUUCGGGAUGUUCGGGAUAGUCGUCAUGGUGAUCGAGACGGAGCUCUCCUGGGGAGUCUACAAUAAGAGCUCCAUGUAUUCCCUGGCACUUAAGUGCCUCAUCAGUCUGUCCACUGUUAUUCUUCUGGGACUCAUCAUUGCCUACCAUGCGAGAGAAGUGCAGCUCUUCGUCAUCGACAACGGAGCGGACGACUGGCGCAUCGCCAUGACGAUGGAGCGCGUCCUGCUGAUCGCUCUGGAGCUGCUGGUGUCGGCCGUGCACCCGGUGCCCGGCGACUUCAAGUUCCAGUGGCGGGCGCGGCUGGCCUUCUCGUACGCGCCGUCGCAGGCCGAGGCCGACCUGGACAUGGUGCUGUCCGUGCCCAUGUUCCUGCGGCUCUACCUCAUCGCCCGCGUCAUGCUCCUGCACAGCAAGCUCUUCACCGACGCCUCCUCCCGCAGCAUCGGGGCGCUCAACAAGGUGCACUUCAACACACGGUUUGUGAUGAAGACUCUGAUGACCAUCUGUCCAGGAACCGUGCUGUUGGUGUUUAGCAUUUCACUGUGGAUCAUCGCCGCUUGGACCGUACGAGUGUGUGAGAGAUACCAUGAUGCCCAGGACGUCACGAGUAACUUCCUGGGGGCGAUGUGGUUGAUCUCCAUCACCUUCCUGUCCAUAGGCUACGGGGACAUGGUGCCCCACACCUACUGUGGCAAAGGCGUGUGUCUGCUCACGGGCAUCAUGGGGGCAGGCUGUACGGCACUGGUGGUUGCCGUGGUAGCGCGGAAGCUGGAGCUGACCAAGGCGGAAAAGCAUGUGCACAAUUUCAUGAUGGACACGCAGCUCACAAAGAGGAUAAAGAACGCGGCGGCUAACGUGCUGAGGGAGACGUGGCUCAUCUACAAACACACCAAGCUCGCGAAGAAGAUUGACCACGCCAGGGUCCGCAAGCACCAGAGGAAGUUCCUGCAGGCCAUCCACCAGCUUCGCAGUGUGAAAAUGGAACAACGCAAGCUAAGUGAUCAAGCCAACACUUUGGUGGACCUCUCAAAGAUGCAGAGCGUCAUGUAUGAGCUGAUGUCGGAGCUGAAUGACCGCAGCGAGGACCUGGAGCGCCAGAUGCUGAGCCUGGAGCAGCGGGUGGAGCAGCUGACGGCAGGCUUCAGCGCGCUGCCCGCUCACCUGUCGGCCACGCUGGCCGCCCAGCACAACGCCCUGCUGAUGCUGCUGCGGGAGCGCGACACCAAGCUGCUCUCGCCACCCAUGCCCCUCGCCCCCGCGCCCGCACCGCCAAUGCCCCACGCCAAUGCCAACGCCCAGACCAACGCCACGGCCGUCGCCACGGCCACCACUGCCAUCGCGGCCGCUCCCAGCAGCGCAGCACAGGGCGGUGAGGCCGACGACAGCCCCAACACCACCGCCUCCAGCUGCUGAGAGACACCGGACCGGAGAGAUGGGAGAGGAGUGGAGGAGAGAGAGGAAAACUAAGAAGGAGGGGUUGGGAGAACCCCCAGGAAAUGGCUGCCGAAAAGGGCAACGGUGGUGUAAAGAGUGGAUGUGACACUAGAGGAGGGAGAGAGAGAGAGAGAGAGAGAGAGAGAGAGAGAGAGAGAGAGAGAGAGAGAGAGAGAGAAGAAGAAGAGUGAGAGUGAACAGGGAAACAAGGGAUGAGUGGGAAAUGUUCAGGGGGUAAGGGCUCUGGCGGAGAGCUCAGGAGAGAGUAGGAAUGAGAUCCGCUGGGACACGACUAUGAGGAGGAGGAAACACUGCACAUGAGAGGCCGGCCUGGGAAAGAGGACAAGGGGAUGAAGAAGAAGAGAGACUGAAAUAAUAGUGUAUGAAUACCUCUCUUGGAAUGUGCACACUCAUUAUAGGAAAAUGUCUCUCUCCCUACAUCAGGAAACCAUGACAAUGACUUUUUAAUCUUAUGAUGUGUUUUUUAUUACCUAAUUGCUAAUUGUGUGUUAACAAGCAUCCCUUUAAAGAGAGCUCCAGUCAAUAACAUGAAACAGACUAGUGCUACUGCCAUAUGCACACACACACACACACACACACACACACACCUCCCUCUCUCUUUCACACACACAUACACACACACGCACACACACACACACACACACAACACACACCUCCCUCUCUCUUUCACACACACAUACACACACACACACACACACACACACACACACACACACACACACAUAAAGACAUUGAGCUCACACUCACAACCUGUUGAAAAAGGCACACACAAGAUAUGGGCUAAGACACAACCAGAGAGUGCAGAAAGCACAUAGAUGGUCCAAUUUAUGUUGGAUAGGCCACACACACACACACACACACACACACAUACACACACUGACUCACUACAAGAUACAGAUCACUGCCAAAAUGAGCCAAGCGGAAGCAAACCAAUCCAGUUUAAGCUUUUCAUCAUGAUGUUUGCAUAUCCGGAGGACGAACCCUCACUGUUUUCCUGAAUGUACACUUUGGAACGCAUACCUACACAGCCCUAAUAGUCUCAAAACACAUAGAAUAACCACACUAACAAAGAAAUGCAGACAUAGCCUACACACUGACAUGUUUUUUUUUCCUGAUUAACUUUGCUACCAAAGUGCUCUGUCUCUAGCUGACUGCAAAGGACAAUGACUAUGAAGGAUAUGAAAGAUACAGAGUAAAUAAAAAUGGAGAGGAGGAAGAGAGGUGUCAAUACCAGUCAUUGACUCCUGUGAAUGUCAUGGUGGAAAUAAUGGGAUAAUCAGGUCUGAUUCAGGAGGGUGGUUUAGAAAGUGCUGGAAGAGAGGCAACCCUUACACAACCUGCCAUGUGGGCUGCUCUUAAGACAAACUACUUUAGAAAGAAGGACUAAAGUCAUUCUUCAAAGAAAUGAUUAUCAUUGAAAUGGUGUGUCAGAUAUCUAUAUCAAUAUCUAUUCUGACCCCAUUCCUACGGAGACCAUUUAAAAAACUGUCCUAUAGUGACAUCCUGUGGCCGGAAUACUGAACUAAACCUGCUUGGAAUAUUGUACAGUAUGCUAUUACAGAAAAAACUGCUUUGUAAGGCUUUUUUCUUAUUAUUUUUUUCUUUUUUUAAAAAACACUAACCAUUUAAGGAUUAUUAACACAAUUAUAGCUUACAUUUACCAUUAUUAUAGCAUUCGUCACAACAUUUAAUAUAACUGUAUUAAUAACUUUAAUAACUAUCAACAAAUAAUGGAUAAGGGAAAGGUGACGUUUGAGGUUGAAAUUAUUUUGUAAUUUUAUUUUACCAGAGAGAAUUAAUAAAGUAUAUAUCUAUAUAACA